AUGUUUAGACCGAACAUCCAUCCAGGAAACCAGAUAGACAGACUCCAAGAGACGGGGGGAAAAGAAAAUUUGUUCAAUAUUCAUUAUUAUCUAUCUAUCAUCUAUCUAUCUAUCUAUCUAUCUAUCUAUCUAUCUCAGCCUGUUCCUAUCUAUCUCUAUAUAUCUAUCUAUCUAUCACUAAUUUUUUUCUUUUCUUUCUUUCUUUUUCCUUUUCUUCAUUGUUCUGUUUCUUCUUUCUUUCCUUUUUCUUUAACCUUUCUUUUUUUUUUCAAAAAAAACAUGGAAAUUCUUUUUUUUUUUCUUUUCAUCUUUUUAAUUCUUUUUUCCUUACCUUUCUUUCUUUUUUUUUCUUUUCUUUCUUUUUUUCUUUCUUUUUUCUCUCUACAUUUCAAACCUCUUUCUUUUCCUUCAUUUUCUUUCUUUUUUUUCCUUUCUUUCUUUUUUUUCUUUCUUUUAAAAUUUAAUCUACUUUUUUUUGUUUCUUUCUUUCUUUCUUUUUUCUUUUUUCUUUCUUUCUUUAUUUUCCUUUCAUUUUUCUUUUUCUUUUUUUCAUUUUUUCUUUUUUUCUUUUUUUCUUCUUUUUCUUUUUUCAGUUGUACUUUUAUUUGUUUUUCUUUUCCUUUCUUUCUUUUGCUUUCUUUCUUUCUUUUCAUUCGAUUUCCUUUUUUUCUUUCAAUUUCCUUCAUUUUCUUUCUUUUUUCAUUUUUUUUUUUUUUUUUUCUUUUAUUUUUUUUCUUUCUUUUUCUUUUUUUUUUGUUUCUUUCUUUUUCUUUCUUUUUAAGAUUUCUUUCUUCUUUUCCUUCUUUUUCUUUCUUUCUUGAAUUUCUCUUUUCUUUCUUUCUUUUUUUCGAAAAUAUUCAAAUUUUCCAAAAUUAUUCAAUUUUAAUUUCUUUCCGAAACUUUAAAAAUUUUAAUUUCCCUGUUCUAUUUCAAAUUUUUUUUUUCUUUCUUUUUUAUAAAAAUUUCAUUCUUUCUUUUAAUUUUUUCUUUCUUUCUUUCAAUUAUCUUCUCUUGUUUUCUUCUUUGUUUUCUUUCUUUCUUUUUUCUUUUUCUUUCUUUUCUUUCUUAUCCUUUUUUUUUUUGAAAACCUUUUAA